AUGUCGUUGUGGGUUGAUCAAUACAGACCAAAGACACUUGACCAUCUAUCAUAUCACCAUCAUAUUUCUCAAAACUUAAAGGCUCUUUCAAAAUCUGGUGAUUUUCCUCAUCUUUUAAUUUACGGACCGAGUGGGAGUGGUAAGAAAACACGAAUCUAUGCUACAUUAAAUGAAAUUUUUGGAUCGCAAGUCGACAAAUUGAAGAUUGAUGUGAAAACAUUUGUCACUCCGUCAAACAGAAAAUUGGAAUUCAAUGUACUAAGCUCACCUUAUCACUUAGAAAUUACACCAUCUGAUAUGGGAAACAAUGAUAGGGUGGUAAUUCAAGAUUUACUUAAGGACGUGGCCUCUACUGAGCAGGUAGACUUCAGUAGUGCAGUAAACUCAAGAACCAAGCAUAGAUUCAAAAUCGUCGUUAUCAAUGAAGCUGAUUCGUUGAGCAGAGAUGCCCAGGCAGCUCUCAGAAGAACCAUGGAAAAGUACUCCUCGAAUAUAAGAUUUAUCUUAGUGAGCAAUUCCAUAUCCAACAUAAUCCCCCCGAUAAAAUCUAGGACACUUUUAAUCAGAAUUCCAAGUCCAAGUACUGAUGAUAUAAGUGAUAUUUUGUAUCACAUUGGAAAGAAAGAAUCAGUAAAAUUUAGCUCGUCAAACGAGUCAGAAAUCAAGGGAUUCUUAAAACUAAUUGCUAAUCAUUCUAAUAGAAAUUUAAGAAGGUCAUUACUCAGCUUUGAAACUGUCGCAAUGCAAAAUGAAACUAUCAAUGUGCAAGGAAAACUUUCAAUAAUUGAUUUAGACUGGGAGACAAUAAUCAAAAGUAUUGCUGACACUAUGAAUAAAUCAAGGACGGUCGCAUCGCUUGCUAAGAUUAGGGUCGUAUUUUACGAACUUUUAUCUCAUUGCAUUCCAGCUAGGAUAAUAUUGAAGAAUUUAUUGUUCGAUUUAAUCAAGACUUGUAAGUCGGACACUGCUAUUGACAAUUUGGUUGCAAUAGCUGCAGUAUUUGACGAGAGAUUAAGUUUGGGCUCAAAAAGCAUUUUUCAUUUGGAAGGAUUCGCUGCUAAAGCAAUGAUAGUAUUGGAAAACAGUUGA